ACCAGAGGAGGGAAAUGGAAGAGUAGCCAGUAAAAGAAAUAAUCAAGAGAGAAUUUCUUACAAGCUAGGCUAAAACUGUGUUUUGAGGAGAAAGGAGUGCCAAAUGCUGAGGACUGAGAAUUGGAUUCAGCAGAACAAAGAUUUUCCUCAGAGACCCUGAUGGGCAAUUUCAAUGGAGUCAUGGAGUUAAAAUCCUAGCUGGAGUUCAUCCAAGAGACAAUGGAAAAAGACUUGACAAGUGUUGCCAAGCAAUGAGUUCCAGAGUUCUUGACUGUUACCUGUUAUCACUGUCAGUGGCAUACCUGAAGCAGCAUUGGCCUUUUUGUGCAAUGACUCAGAGCCAGCCUUCUUAUAAGCGCAUCUUGGUUCGGAUACAGCAGUAUUUUGUGAGACAAUGUCAUCGCCUCCGAAGAUCCUGGGAUGCCUUUGUUGAGAGUCAUUUUGCUGAUAAGGAGAAGGAGGAAGAAGUUGUCCCUACAGUUGAAAGUAUUUUUCACAAAGAAAAAAUCGUGGUACUUGGCCAUCAGCUGAAGAACACCUCUCUACCCAUUGAAAAGAGAGCUCAAGCUGCCCAGAAAAUUGGGCUACUGGCCUUCACAGGAGGACCAACUGCUGGGAAAUUCGCAGCUGAAUACAUGAAAGAAGUAGCUCAUUUGCUGCAAAAUCAAGACUUGGCACCAAAAAUAAAGAUCCUACUGCUCCAGAGUGUAGCAUGUUGGUGCUACUUAGACCCUGUCAGCCAGAAAAGAGCUCAACAUAUGCAGUUUAUCCCCAUUCUCAUCAGUUUUUUUGAAAGCAAUUUUGAGUCUACUAUCAAAAGUGAAAUCCACAGCAACCUCCUCGUUCGGUUUUGGACUUGUUACGUCCUCUCUUUCAUGGCAUACAGUAACUUAUCUUUAAUGAAGGAGCUUAAAGAGAGCAGUACUUUAAAAUAUCAUUUGCAAAAUUUGGCUGCAGAAAAUUGGUCCGGAUGGCCUGAGAAUUUUGCAGAAGUGUUGUAUUUCCUAAUUGGUUUUCACAGGAAUUAAUUUCUUUGAAUCCAGUUAUGUGACACAUCUGUCCAUGUCAUUGUAUUACUUU